UAGAGUCAGUUGAGAGCCUUUUAGGAGAGGAAAAUCAUAGGAUCAGUUAAAAGAUUUGAUACAUAAGACAUGUAAAAGCAGAAUAACAAUUUAAAGGUAUAUCAAAGGAUUUAUUUUUGUAAAUUAUCCUUCACUCUUAACAGUAAAUUACCCAUGUACUUUUUUAUACUUUCCCUUCAGUUUUGUUUAUGCAUAGGCAUUUUCACAUAACAGAAUUCAUAAUACCUCGUUUGGAGUGUCCUUUUUUUCAUUGAACUUAGUGGAAUUUUUUUUGCAACUUGUUUAGUUUUUAUAAUUAUUGGCUUUGUAACGAUUGAAUUGUAUACAUAAUCUCAUUACGAGAUUGGGAACUUUAUGAUUUUUUUCAGUAUUAUAGUAGGCACUGUUAGCAAACGAGGUAUUAUUUACUUUUUCUUUUAAAUGACUUAGGAUAAAUUUCUAAGCCUGAGAUUACUAAAUUAAAAUGUAGAAUUUAUUUCUAUGACUAAGUUUUGUCAUUUUGGGGCGUUGUAAAACUGAAAGGCAAACGGAAGGAACAACUCGCCUCCUGCUGCUCCCCCGUGCAGUAAACCUUUUCCCAAACUAGUUUCUCGAAUUUGAGAAAUUUCCUCAGGUUUGGUUUUUUGGGACAAUGAUAAUCGAACCACGUUUAGGCUAUACAGGAUUUUUUUUUUUUAAUAAGAAUUUGGCGAGAUCAUGAUUAACUUUCUUUGAGAAUAUCGAAGUGUACUUUCCUGGCAAAGAAGAAUAAACGGGUCUUAGGAGGGCUAGAAGGCUGACAAGCUUCAAUGGAGUGAUUUGGAGCUGGAGAACUCGAGAACGUUUCCGUGGUUGAAUUUGGUCUCGGAAAGCCUUGAUUGUUGUGGGAUCCUGUAGCCAUUUGUCUUCGAACCUUUUCGCCUAAUUUGGCUCAAGAGUCGCAGUUACCGCUUCUGCUUUUUCGAUACCUUUGGCUGUUGUAAAGUUCAGUAAUUUGAAUUGAAUGGCACUGAUUGCUCAGAUAAGAACUCGGCAAGGCUGACAGGUGUCUCCUCUCCGUUGGUCUACAGAGCUUAAGAAUGAGAGUUCGCGUUCCCAAAGAAACUGAUGCACGGGUUAAAUCACCAGUUUCAAAGUCUAACGGAGAAGACUUUUUGAGGCUCUGGGAUUUGCCCGAGUCCUCCUCCGGGCUCUCGCCUUCCGGUGCCGCCAAUUAUCUUGGGUCUGUUCUCAUUGCUGAGGCUCCCCCUAACCUCGCUCCGGGAUUGGUCGCUGGAGUUCUGCUCUGGCGGGUGAUUGGUUGGCUGACCGCGCCCGGCGAUUGGGCGCCAGGAGUCGAGGGGUGGGAGGCGGGAAUUCGUCCGGGAGAGCGCUAGGGAGUAGACGUGGUGGGAGCUGGGAAGACAAGAGGUUCCGCGGCCCGAGUCGGCGAGCCGGCCCAGGGAGCAGAGCCCCCGGGAGGAGGAGCGAGGGGCUCGUGACCUUUCUUCUUUGCCAGGGCUCCGCCGUAUUUGCACCAGGUUCCUUUUCAACGGUGACCCGGAGCGCUGUCAGCGUUGCUUCAGUUUUCCUCCGGACUGCAAGCCUUGUCCUGCGGCGAGGGCGCGAAGCCUGCCAGGAGGGUGCCUUCCUUCGCCCACCCGCCUGGGUCACAGGGCGGGGAUCGCUGGCUGCGGGAGGAGGCGUGUGGGGAAGAAAACCCGGGGAGAAGGGAGCCUGCCCUCACCUCCUGGGAGCAGAGGCCUGUUAUCAGCCCGCGGCCCCGCCUUAACUGUUGGCGACCCGGCGCGAAGGCGGGAGGUAGUUCGGUUUUUUUGUCCUUUAUGCACUGUUUGAGGGGAAGCCACCCCAUUUUGAGUUAAGAAUCUGAAGUAAACAAGAAGGCAUGAUGUCUUCAGUGUGGUCUGAAUAUACAAUUGGUGGGGUGAAGAUCAAUUUUCCUUGUAAAGCUUAUCCAUCACAGCUUGCUAUGAUGAAUUCUAUUGUGAGAGGAUUAAACAGUAAGCAACAUUGUUUGUUGGAGAGCCCUACAGGAAGUGGGAAAAGCUUAGCUUUACUUUGUUCAACUUUAGCAUGGCAACAAUCUCUCAGUGGGAAACAAGUGGAUGAAAGUUUAAGUAAAAAAGCUGAAGUACCAUUGUCAUGCUGUUGUACAUGCCAUUCAAAGAAUUUUGCAAACGAUGACAUGAACCAAGGAACUUCACAUCAUUUCAACAGUCCAAGUAUACCACCUUCUGAAAGAAGUGGCACUUCGUCAACUUGUCAUGAAGACUCUCCUGUAAAAACUACGCUUGCUGCGAAGCUCUCUGCCAAGAAACAGGCAUCUGUAUACAAAGAUGAAAGUGAUGAUUUUCAAGUAGAGAAGAAAAGAAUUCGACCCUUGGAAACUACACAACAGAUUAGAAAACGCCAUUGUUUUGAAAAGGAGGUACACCCUUCGGAAGCAAAAGUUGCUUCAGGAAAGACCACAGAACUCAACUCUCCAUUGGGAAAAAUGAAUUCCUUUUCUCCACAAAAUGCUCCUGGUCACUGUUCUAAGUGCUAUUGUUCUGCUAAGCAAGGAAACAGUCAAGAUUCUUCAAAUACCAUUAAGAAGGAUCAUGGGGGGAAAUCCAAGAUACCCAAAAUAUAUUUUGGGACACGAACUCACAAGCAGAUUGCUCAAAUUACUAGAGAGCUCCGGAGGACAGCAUAUGCCGGGGUCCCAAUGACUAUUCUUUCAAGCAGGGAUCAUACUUGUGUCCAUCCUGAAGCAGUGGGUAAUUUCAACAGAAAUGACAAGUGCAUGGAACUUCUGGAUGGAAAAAAUGGCAAAUCCUGCUAUUUUUAUCAUGGUGUUCAUAAAAUUAGUGAUCAACACACAUUACAAACUCUCCAAGGGAUGUGCAAGGCAUGGGAUAUAGAAGAACUCGUGAGCUUGGGGAACAAACUAAAGGCAUGCCCGUACUACACAGCACGAGAACUAAUAAAAGAUGCUGCCAUAGUAUUUUGUCCCUACAACUAUCUUCUAGAUGCACAAAUAAGAGAAAGUAUGGAUAUCAAUCUGAAAGAACAAGUUGUCAUUUUAGAUGAAGCUCAUAACAUUGAGGACUGUGCCCGGGAAUCAGCAAGUUACAGUGUAACAGAGGUUCAGCUUCGAUUUGCUCGAGAUGAACUAGAUAGUAUGGUCAACAAUAAUAUACGGAAGAAAGACCAUGAACCUCUACGAGCUGUGUGCUAUAGCCUCAUUAAUUGGUUAGAAGCAAACUCUGAACAUCUUGUGGAAAGAGAUUAUGAAUCAUCCUGUAAAAUAUGGAGUGGAAAUGAAAUGAUCUUAAAUUUACACAAAAUGGGCAUCACCACUGCUACUUUUCCCAUUUUGCAGGGACAUUUUUCUGCUGUUCUUCAAAAAGAAGAAAAAGCCUCACCAAUUCAUGGUAAAGAGGAGGCAAGAGAAGUACCUAUUAUUAGCACUUCAACUCAAAUAAUGUUCAAAGGACUUUUUAUGGUGUUUGAGUACCUUUUUAGGCAAAAUAGCAGAUUUGCGGAUGAUUAUAAAAUUGCUAUUCAGCAGACUUACUCUUGGAUAUAUCAGACUGAUAUUUCAGAUAAAAAUGGGUUCUUUGCUCUACCAAAAAAUAAGAAAUGUUUAAGACAGAAAGCUGCAGUUAAUGUGCUAAACUUUUGGUGCUUAAAUCCAGCUGUGGCAUUUUCAGAUGUUAAUGGCAAAGUUUGGACAAUUGUUUUGACAUCUGGGACAUUAUCUCCAAUGAAAUCAUUUUCAUCAGAGCUUGGCAUUACAUUUACUAUCCAACUGGAAGCUAAUCAUAUCAUUAAUAACUCACAGGUUUGGAUUGGCACAAUUGGAUCAGGCCCUAAGGGUAGGAAUCUCUGUGCUACUUUCCAGCACACAGAAACAUUUGAAUUCCAGGAUGAAGUGGGAGCACUUUUGUUAUCUGUGUGCCAGACUAUGAGCCAAGGAAUUUUGUGUUUCUUGCCAUCAUACAAGUUACUAGAGAAAUUAAAAGAACGUUGGCUUUUCACUGGUUUGUGGCAUAAUCUGGAGUUGGUGAAGACAGUAAUUGUAGAACCACAGAGAGGAGAAAAAACUAAUUUUGAUAAAUUACUGCAGGUGUACUAUGAUGCAGUCAAGUGCAAAGGAGAGAAAGAUGGAGCCUUGAUGGUAGCAGUUUGUCGUGGUAAAGUGAGUGAGGGUCUGGAUUUCUCAGAUGACAAUGCUCGUGCUGUCAUAACAGUAGGAAUUCCUUUUCCAUAUGUGAAAGAUCUACAGGUUGCACUAAAGCAACGAUAUAAUGACCAGCAUUCAAAAUCGAGAGGUCUUUUACCUGGUCGUCAAUGGUAUGAAAUUCAAGCAUACAGGGCCUUAAACCAGGCCCUAGGUAGGUGUAUUAGACACAGAAAUGAUUGGGGAGCUCUUAUUCUAGUGGAUGAUCGCUUCAGGAGUAACCCAAGUCGAUAUAUAUCUGGACUUUCUAAGUGGAUACGGCAGCAGAUUCAGCACCAUUCCUUUGAAAGUGCAAUGGAGUCCUUAGCUGAAUUUUCCAAAAAGCACCAAAAAGGCAUUGAUGCAUCCAAAGAGGACAGAAAGCCUGUACAAGACAGUGAGACAGCACUUGAAGUGACCUGUUUGAAGGACAAAACUUACUUAGUGAAAACAACAAGUCAGCUACCACCAGAAAAUCCUAAGGAAGGCCAAGCAAAAAUGUGUGUGCAAGAACUAUAUGCCCCUAAAACAAUAACUGAAAGUUCAUCUAUACCAAGCGACAUCAUCUCCAGAAAGAAAAAUGAUCCAGUAUUAUUGGAGGAGUCUGCCCAGGCAAUGAAAGCAGAAAAAAUUGUGAUUUCCAGAUCUAUAAGCCCAACCUUCAAUAAACAGACAAAGAGAGCUAACUGGUCUAGCUCUAAUUCUUUAGGAGAAUACCCUACUGGUAACAUUCUGAAUGCCACACCUAUGUUUGGGUCAUCAGAGGACUGUGCCCCUAGUUCUUCCACUUUAGAAACAGACAAGGGAUUUAAAUCUAUUUUGCCAUUCACUGACGAAUGUGAGUCCUCAUCUGUGACAAAAAACACAUCAUGCCUUCAAUCAGAAACUUUCAUUCCAUCAAUAAAGAUUGAUGCUACUCUUCUUAAAAAGAAUCAAUCCAAACAGCUGCUCGACUAUGAAGAAGCCCUGGAUCCAGACAUCGAAUUGUCUCUAGUAAGUGAAGAGGCUGAACUUUCCACUCCAAAUAGAGAUUUUGAAACAGAAGCAGAAGAUGAAUCUAUCUAUUUUACACCUGAACUUUAUGAUCCUGAGGAUACAAAUGAAGAAAAAAAUGAGCUGGUUGGAACUGAUAGAGAUAAUAGAUCGGCUAAUAAUUCAGAUUGCAUUUUAGCUGAAGAUCUUGAAAUGAGAAUUAUGAAGGGAGCAGAUUCAGUCGGAGAAAUGAAAACUGAGAAUUGCACAGACACAGAAUUGAAUAGACUCAUGCAUAUUACAGAAAGUAAAGUUGAUGACAUUGGUGGUAAUAAUGUAAAAACAACACAUAUAAGUGAAUUGGAACUAGGAAAAAUGUGUUAAACAGAUACAAAGAACUCUAUAAACAGUUUCCUUCCAAAAAUAAAGGUGUGUUUUCUGGUGUUAGGUAAUAAUACUUAACUUCAAGCUAUAAAAAUAUGUUGUCAUGUUUAUAUUAAACUCUACAAUAAAAGAUGACAUAUACUGGAUAAGUAGUAAAGGUUUUUAAUUUGAAAUACAUUUUUCACUUUAAUUCCUUAGAGUUUUUUUAAAGUCUGUGUUCAGAAAUGUAAGUUUUAUUUGCUAUUGAGUUUUGAUAAAGUGACUCACAAAGUAUUCUCCAAAAAGUCAUCCUUGGCUAAAUGCAGUUUAAAACUAAUCAAGCUAAAAGAUACAUAGUUUCCUAGGCACACUAAAUUUCACAUAAAUAUUUGUAUUUUGUAGUUCCCUUAACAUUUGUUUUCAUAUUGACACACAAACAUUCGUAAUAGUCGAAUCCAGUCACACCUCAGUCAUAUUUCACUACAAAUUUGACCUCAAAUUGGUAUGAAAUUUUUUUAGAAAUAAAAAUUUUCUUGACAGUUUAUUCUUACCUACUUAUAAAAGGUAAUUCAGAAUUAAGAAAUUUGCAUAUAUUUUUAAUUGAAAUUGUUUUACCUUUAUUUUGCAAUAAACCAAAAUCAAGCAUGUUUUUAGCAAAUCAUGUGAAGUUACAAAAUGCCAAAUUAAGGACUCCAAAUUUUCAUUUCUAAUACUUAGUUUCAUCACUGUUGUGAAAAGAAGUGUCAUGAUCCUAGGCUCUAAUUAUGUAAAUGUUAAGGUAGAAAACUUCAUAUAUAAGUUUGAGAAGGAAACUCAAACUUGGAACUGUAGCCAAAAAAGUGUUCCUUUAUAGCUCAGUAAGACUUUUUAUAAAUUUUGACUCUGUUUAUGUUUUUGUGAAUGAAGCUGUGCUUAUGAUCAAAAAUGAUUAUGAAAGAUGUUCUUCUCUGACAUCAUUCCAAAAAUACAUUUACUGAUCUUCUAUAUUCUAUGGACAUUUAGGCUUCUUGUGAUUUGUAUUGAAAUUUUAUGAGCUGCUGAAGUUGUUGAUGUGGUUUAUUACUUUCAUGUUAGAAUUCCCAGCAAUCAAGUAUCUUUUAUAUUCAUUUGGAUAAAUGAAUUAUUAUAUAUGCACAUGUUUACUUUUAUUUUUAUGGUGUUUAGAUUAAAUACAGCUUGUUUCAAUAGCAUUGGCUAUUACAAUUCGAAGCAUGAUUCAAAGAAAUUUAAGUUAUUUACCAAAGAAUUCAUGUGUCAGUUGGGAUGUAUUAGAUCCCACCUAGUAUUAUAUAUUUUUCAUAGUGGAUUAGUGAAUAAAAUGUUACCAACACUAGAUGAUAAGGUAAUUUCUAAAUUGUUUUGAAAGGGUAAAAUUAUUUCUCUGGUAUUGUUCUUAAUCCACAGGUACGUGUUAUGGGGAAGUAGAUUACCAAGUGGAAGAAAAGAUGUGGGUUCUAUUCCAUGCUUUGCCACUAUUUGCUUAGUCAUGUUGGCAUUCGCUAUGCCUUUGGGCAGUUAGAUAUUCCUUUGAAAUGCAGAAUUUAGUACAAUAAAGUCAUGCAAAUCACUUUCAGCUUUAAAUCCAUAAUUUAAAGGAAUAUAUGUAGCUGUUUUACUCUGAAUCAAUUUUUAUUUGCUUUUGUUCCAAAAUAUUUAAACUAAAGCAAACCAAUUGUAGGAAAGGUGAAAUGACACUCAUCUAUCUACCUUUAGGGAAUAAUUGUUUAAAUUAUUAUUUUUUAAUUAAAAAGUUUUUGACUCUUUAAAGUGCCUUUAGAAGAAUUGGUAAGCUACAAGAGAAAAAUCAAGCACAGUAUUUUGUAGACAUCCUUAGUGUUAUCCACCUUUAAGUCAAAUAUCCCCUUUCCUAGAUAAUAUUUACUCUUUGCAAACCUAAUUCUCUCUGAGGCUAAAAAUGUCCAUUACUAAGAAUGUGUGUAGAAAUGUACAAGCUUUUAGUAAUUCUAAGUUUCAAAAAUUUUGUACAGUGAUGUUGUACAAUUAAAACGGGCAUUAUCACCUCAGAUCACGACUUUGACCAGGAUGAUAUUUUAGGAAGUAAAGUACUAGCCUUUGUAACAGACUAGGAGGUAGAACAUUUUCAUUAGUGAUAAUGUACUUUUUAAAGAGUUUUUUAGAGAGUUAAGUAAGUUAAAACUUGUAAAAGCGUUUAAUGGUAUCUGGCACAUGAUAAGCUCUCAACUUAUCUUUACUAAUUAUUACUUAGUAAACUAACCAAAUAUCUGGAGUACACCCUUGCUGUUUUAUGUGAAGCCUUCUGUAAUGAUACGUAGAGAGAAACCAGUAAUAAAGAAUUGUUAUAUAGUAGGAAGGAAAAAUUAUUUAGCUAGUUUAUUUUUUUAAAAGGCUUUUGAGAUACAUAAGACAGAAAUUGUUUAUCACGUAAUUUAACUUCAAAAUAAUUAUCUAAUACUGAAUUUACUUAAAGGCUGAAAGUAUAUAAGUCAGUAUACAGGCCACAAACCAGGAAAAGUACCAGUUGAAGAAAGGGUUGUACUCAUGGAAGAAAGGUACAAUGUAGAGUAGAUGUUUCAUGACUUGACUUUUGAAAUUUAGAUGAAUUAUUUAAAGCUUUUUAUAUGUUGAAAAGUAAUGACAAUUCUUACUAUGCUACUACUAUGCAUUUAA